AUGAAAGUUACAAUCAGUGAUGACGGUUCUCCAACUUUGUCAUCAACCACGAGGGUAGUAGUCGCUGUUGAUGACGUCAACGACCAUGCUCCAGAAUUCGAGCAGGCGUUCUACAAGAUCGUGAUUCCCCGUACCAGACACCAGGAUGCGCCACUCUUCCAGAAUGGAUCUGGUGACACAGAGCUAGCUCUCGAAGCUCUGCUUGAAAACGGAACUUGGGAAAGCUUCACACAGGAUGAACUACUUGGGGAGGCUCUGUUCAGGGUGCAUGCUGUUGAUAGAGACAUUGGCAAUAAUGCUGAGCUGCACUACAGCAUCAAAUCGGGCAGAGGAAAGGGAAAAUUCGGGAUCCAUCCAAGUACAGGAACUGUUUAUUCGCAAAGAUCUUUCGCAGCAGGGCAGGAAUAUGAUCUAUUGGUGAAAGCAACCGACUACGGUUCGCCGAACAAGAGCUCAACAGCCCGUGUGUCAGUGACAGUGAAGGACACCCCAGAGGAGUCCCCGCACGCCCCCGUCAUUCGACAGCCGGACCAGCGAGUGCAGGUGACAGAGAGCGACACUGUCGGCUUCCUUGUCGCUCUGGUCCAGGCCACAGACGAGGACGGAGAUAUGUUGUGGUACUACAUUGUUGGUGGUGAUCCGAGAUCAGAAUUUGUAAUCAGCGGAGACAAGGGUAGUGUUUUGGUGGCCAAGCAGCUAGACAGAGAGGUGCAGUCUGAAUACAAUCUCACCAUAAGUGUAACUGAUGGAGUACACACUGUACUCACACAGUUAUACGUGACGGUGAUGGACAUAAACGAGCACCGCCCGUGGUUCACACAGAACCUGUACUCAGCGAACGUGUCUGAGAGCACGCCGGUCGGCACAGAAGUGGUGCAACUGCAGGCCACAGACGAGGACCAGGACAGCAAGGUGCUCUACAGUCUGCACUCGGCACGCAGCCCCGCUUCGCUCGCCGCAUUCAAGGUCGACUACCAGACUGGAGUUAUCACUGUCGUGCAGUCGCUUGACAGGGAAAGCAUAGCAGAACACCUGUUAACAGUAAUGGUUAAGGACGCAGGCACUCCGGCCAAACGCAACUUCGCGCGGGUUGUGAUCCAUGUCUACGAUGCGAAUGACCACGCCCCAGAGUUUAGUUCAGCCAUCAUCCAAGGUCGCGUCUUCGAAACAGCUGACGUCGGAUCAGCUGUUGUCACUGUGCUUGCUGUCGAUAAAGAUCACGGCAACAACGCCGUCAUUACUUAUUCUAUCACUUCAGGAAACGUGGGCAACGCCUUCACAAUAGAUCCAUUGAUGGGAACAAUACGAGUGGCUAAGGAAUUGGACAUGAACUCAAUCGCCGAAUACAUGCUGAUUGUAAAGGCUGUGGAUGGAGGGGCUACUCCGCUGUCAUCCACUCUUCCAGUGCAUAUCAUGGUGGUUAUGGCUGAUAAUGCUGCUCCAAGAUUCUUGAAACGUGAAGUAGCAGCUGAACUGUAUGAAAACGAACCAGCUGGAGCUGUGGUGAAACAUCUGGAAGCAAGGAGCACAUCUUCCCUUCUCUUCGAGUUGAUACGCGGCGAUUCGGAAGGACAUUUCGCUGUAGACCCCAGCACAGGUGUGGUGACAACGCAGCAACCACUGGACUACGAGACGAACCGAGUGUUCAACCUGAGUGUGACGGCGACCAGUAUGGCGGGUGCCAAGGCUGUGUGUCACGUGAUAGUUCAUGUGCUGGACAGAAACGACAAUGCCCCACGAUUCGUACAGGCUGCUUAUGAGGGCAAGGUGGCCGAGGAUUCGCCAGUCGGCACCCUGGUGUUGACCAAUGGGAGUGUGCCUUUGGUGAUCAAAGCUAGUGACGCAGAUAGUGAGCUCAAUUCACUAUUGCAGUACGACAUUGUUGAGGCCGGCCCUAGGAGGAUGUUUCAUAUUGAUUCCAGUACUGGUGCCAUCCGUACCAUGCAGAUGCUCGAUUACGAAACGAUGCCUGAGGUGGUUUUCCAUGUGCGGGUGUCCGACCUGGGGAAGCCGAGACUGUCGUCUGAGACGGCCGCCAAGGUUCGCAUCAACAUCCUCGACACCAAUGACUGUGUGCCCGCCUUCACGCAGAAGGAAUACAAGGCUUCCGUUCUCAUGCCCACCUUCACUAAUGUCGCUGUCAUACAGCUUGAAGCAAAAGAUGGAGAUUCGGCUGAUCUGACCAAGCUGUCGUACGAGAUUCUGACGGGCAACUCGGAGAACAUAUACGCGAUGAACUCGUCGACGGGAGUGAUCACAGUGAGGGACACCGUCAGGGGGGCGAGGACAUCCCCGCAUCGACUCAAAGUCAGCGUGUCCGACGGACGGUUCUCCAGCGAAGCUCACGUGAACAUCCAGUGGGAACAGAGCCAGCAUUCGGGUCUGAUGUUCCAGCGCAAACUGUACCAGGGCUCGGUGCUGGAGAACUCGACCAAGGUGUCGACGGUGUCCGUGGUGAACGUGGUGGGCAGCCAGCUCAACGAGCACCUCGUCUUCACCAUCCUCAACCCCUCGCCCCUCUUCCAGAUCGGCCGCACUUCGGGUGCCGUGCGAACCACGGGUCUUCGCUUCGAUCGCGAACUCCAGGAGCAUUAUCAGCUUAUAGUGCAGGCAAGGAGCGAGGAGUACGGCCGAGACUCUCCCCAGGUGGCGCAUGUGCGUGUGAAUGUCACUGUACUGGACAUCAAUGAUAACUGCCCCAUGUUCGUCAACCUGCCCUAUUACGCUGUUGUCUCUGUAGACGCGCACAAAGAGAUGUCAUCACUAAGGUAUUCAAUCUACUAUAUUCUACUAGACCUGGACAAAGGCGAGAAUGGUGAGGUGAGAUAUGAACUGAUAAGAGGCCACGGAGAGCUGUUCAGGGUGGAUCGCAAAUCGGGAGAAAUCAGCCUCAAACAGGGACUUGAGGGCCACAACAAAGACUAUCAGCUCAUUAUUGCUGCCUAUGAUGGAGGUAUGUCACCCUGCUCAACCGAGGUCCAAGUCAACGUAAAAGUGAUGGACAGAUCGAUGCCAGUUUUUGACAAACAAUUCUACACCGUUUCGACUCCCGAAGACAUAGAGGUUCAUACUCCACUAGCAGCCAGCAUUAGGGCCGAAUCACCUCUCGACAGAAAACUCAUCUAUUCAAUUGUCAACGGAAAUCACUUCGAAGAGUUUGCUGUUGAUUUCAAUACUGCUUCUGAUGACAGCAAUGGACCUUGUGAGUAUUGUGGGAGUUUGUGUGUGCACCCAUUUGCACCCUAG